UAUUGUGUAACAACACGGGACUGUGAUCAUGUACAAAUAGUGGCAAAAAGUUCCCAGCCAGUCGUCCCACGACUUUACAGCCUAUAAAAAGAUCCCGGAGCUUUCCCUGCGUUAAAAAAACUAGGACCUUGUGCUAUCCCUCCAUUGUUCGAAGAGUUCUUUAAUAUUAUAACCAGGUAGAUCAUGGCUUCCAGCCCAGUGAGUGUUGGCGAAGAUGACGAACCAUUGAUUGGAGGAGCGAGAAAAAGAGGCAAAGUUCGGAAGGAGAGUGAGCACAAACGUCGCCUUAUGAUGAACCAGUAUUUUGACGAGCUGGUCAUUCUCCUCUCCAUGGUAACCGAGACCGUUUCCUCUCGUAAAAUGGACAAAGUCACGACACUACACGAAGCUGUUAGUUUAUUUAAACUAUACUAUGACUUGGACCAAAGCCAGGGCCCAACUUCAAAAGCUAACGAACAGCUCCAUCAAACGUAUCGACCAGAGUACCUCCAAUUUGGCGAUGCUGCCUCGUUUAUUCUCGACUCACUUGGCGCCUUUUUAAUGGUUUUAUCAGAAACAGGGCGGAUCCUAUACAGUACUGACCUCAUCACUUCUCUGACUGGUUACCUACCAUGUAGAGUUGUGGGUCAAACCAUUUACGAUUGUCUCCAUACAGACGAUCAUUUCAUCAUUAAGGAUCUCUAUCGGGUAUCGGGUGAGGAGGGAGUGGCCUGGAAUAGAAAGGACUCGCCCAUUAUAUGUUACCCUCCAAAGAGUCUCCGGUGUCGAUUUAAGAUAUUCUCAAACGACAACUCAAUGUCGGGAUCUAGCAGAUCAUUCUCUUGCUUGUCAUAUUUGAGACAAUGGAAGGAAGUUCCAGCUGAUAAUACCAGGAGCCCAAUGGGUGAUUCCUGUAGCUCAAGGGACGACACUGGACUAAUGACACCUGACACUCCGGUCUGCUGCCUGCUCCUCAUAGCUAAACUGGACGAGAACCUCUCGAUAGUUGAUGAGCCAUUCAUUAGUAAUGGAUCCAUAGAGUUCUCUUUUGACAUACGAGUCAGUAGAGAAGGGAAGAUACUGGACAUGAGCAAGCAGGCUAGUCUAAUUCUUGGAUACACUUCAAAUGAGCUUGUUGGGUCUCUCUUCUUUGACUACGUCGAUCCAUUUCAUCUCGAAAAAGUCUCGGAGUCGAUACUCGAGUUUUUAAAGAAAGGACUCGGAGUCUCUCAACCUUAUAGACUCAUAUCUAAAAGCCUCAGGUCGGUGUGGGUGGUAUCUAAAGGAUUCCUCUCGUAUAAUCCUUGGAAUCACAAACCAGAUCAUAUUCUACUACAGUGUAAGGUCCUUGGAUGUGACGAGAUACUCCCAGAGAGUCGGUUUAGUCAUGAUAGUCGAUACUUGCCUGAUCUUAAAGGAAACGAGUUUUACAGACCCGGCCCCGUGACUCCUGCUCAACCAGUUCCUGAACCAAGACCAGUUAGAAGACAGCAGCAGCAGCAGCCACCUGUUGCUCUACCACCUAAACCACCUCCUUCUCUCCCUCCCCUUCCUCCUGUGUCUCUCGCUCCUGUCCAACCUUUGACCAGCCCAGCCAAUCAGCAGAGACACGAGGAGAGAAGAGGAGGAGGAGAGAGAGAGAGGUCUCUUUUGGAUGAGGUGAAGAGAGAGUUGGAGAGGAAGAACCAAGAAUUGUUCGAGAUGCAGCAAAAGGUGCUAGCUCAGCAGCAGCUUAUAGAGCAAGAGAGACAUCAGUUCUAUCAAGUCACAAACCAAGUCAUGAAUUUCAUCGGAUCUCAGCAACAGAACAUUGGGACUAACACAGACCCAUUGAGCGGGAUGGAUAUACAUCCGAGUAUGGCCAUGAUGAUCCGUAACUCGUCAGUACAAACCCCACCCCCUCCUCUCGGCCAGGGGAAAACCCCCAACUUUCAGUUAUCGUUGCAACAGCAACAGCAACAAUCGUUUAACUCGUCUCUAUCAAUGCCUACACCCACCACUCCUAAUUCUGCUGCCAGUGAGGGUGGGAUGAUGUCAUCAGGCCAACUGACCAAUCAAAUGAUGGGUGGUAUUCCUCCCCCAGGUCACAUGAGCACUAGCACGAGUCACAUGACUCAAAUGACCAAUCAGAUGAGUCCGAUGAUGCCACCCCCACUCCCUCCAUCAACUCACAUGGCUAGUGGAGGAUAUCCAAAUAAGGAUAUGUCGUACAAUAAUCACAUGACUUCUGGUCAGCCGCCUGCCCAAAUGGACAUCCCGUUCCCUGGUAUGCUAAAUCAAACAUCGUCUGCUAGUUCACUAUAUGCGUCACGCGAAACGUCAGCUGCAUAUCCACCAAAUCAAGAGAGCAUCCCUCCAAACGAUAACUACUUACCGUCUUACCUUCCCUCAAGUUUAUGUGAAAUGACUGAUCCUAUUUCUGCUCCUCCUCCCUCGUUCUCUUUUGCUUCUACUACUCCUCCCUCUUCCUCUCUCUCUAAUCCAGCCGAUCAGCAGCAAAGGCUCCUGCUUGAUCAUCUACAGCAGUUGUAUCGCUCUUACAAUGGGACUAGUUGAAUUAAAUUAAUUCCUGUCUUUAUGUACAUGUACAUGUAUUUAUUAUAUUGUCGUGUUUCCCACUUAAAAUUUAGUAUUUAAUGUAAUAUAAUAGUACUACAGACAGAUUAAUGUGUCGAAA